AUGGAUUUUCAGAUCUAUGGCUUCUGCACAAUCUUCAGUUUUCUUAUUCUCGCAAGUUCUGCAUUGCAACAAAAUCCACCGGCCCAGAUAAACUCCAACUCGGUUCUCGUAGCCCUUUUGGAUUCUCAUUACACUGAGCUCUCUGAACUGGUUGAAAAGGCACUUCUGUUACAGACUCUUGAAGGAGCUGUGUCGAAGCAUAAUAUUACAAUCUUUGCGCCGAAAAAUGAGGCCUUGGAACGAGAUUUGGACCCUGAGUUUAAGCAGUUUUUGCUUGAGCCCAGGAAUCUGAAAUCCCUUCAAAAUCUGCUGCUUUUUCAUAUGAUUCCGACUCGCAUUGAGUCUAACCAUUGGCCUGUGGAGAUGAACAACCCUGCUCAUCACACCAGUCUUUGCCGUGAUGCAUUUGAUGAAAAAAUUCAGUUAAUUAAGAAAAAUGGAGAGAAACUUGUGGGCGAGGCGAGGAUGUUUAAAGCAGAUGAUGUUGUUCGCCCCGAUGGGAUUAUCCACGGCAUUGAAAGACUAUUGAUUCCCAAAUCUGUGCAACAAGAUUUCAAUACCAGGCGAAGUUUAAGGUCAAUAUCUGCAGUACUACCAGAGGGAGCACCAGAAGUUGACCCAAGAACUCACAGGCUAAAGAAACCCGCGCCCCCGGUUCCUGCCGGCGCGCCUCCGGUUUUGCCCAUUUUCGACUCAAUGGCUCCCGGUCCAUCUCUUGCACCGGCACCUGCUCCAGGUCCUGGCGGACACCAGCAUCAUUUCGACGGAGAAAGUCAGGUGAAGGAUUUCAUCCAAACUCUCUUGCAUUACGGUGGCUAUAACGAAAUGGCCGAUAUUCUGGUCAAUCUCACAUCGCUAGCUUCUGAAAUGGGAAGAUUAAUAUCAGAAGGGUAUGUGCUUACAGUUUUGGCACCAAAUGAUGAAGCCAUGGCGAAAUUAACUACAGAUCAGUUGAGCGAACCGGGUGCGCCCGAGCAAAUAAUGUAUUAUCAUCUGAUUCCCGAGUACCAAACCGAAGAAAGUAUGUACAAUUCGGUGAGGAGAUUUGGGAAGGUGAGAUAUGAUACACUGAGAUUACCACACAAAGUGGUGGCUGAAGAAGCUGAUGGUUCAGUGAAAUUUGGACAAGGAGAAGCCUCUGCAUAUUUAUUUGAUCCUGAUAUAUACACAGAUGGAAGAAUUUCUGUACAGGGAAUUGAUGGGGUUUUGUUCCCGCUUCAAGAAAUCAAACCUGCUCCUCCUAAACCUACCCCUGUUGCUAAGGUUGUCUCAAACCAAAGACGAGGGAAAUUGUUGGAAGUAGCAUGCACAUUGCUUGGGGUCUGUUAUUAA